UCCGCUGGCCGGUGGCGAGCAGCAUUGAUGGGAAUGAGCUCCUGGAGAUCCAAGUGUUCAACUACAGCAAGGUCUUCUCCAACAGGCUCAUUGGGACCUUCCGGAUGGUCCUGCAGAAGGUGGUGGCGGAAGGGCAUCUGGAGGUGACGGACACGCUCAUCGAUGACAACAAUUCCGCCAUCCAGACCAGCAUCUCCAUAGAGAUCCACUACCAGGCUGUGGAUGGCACCGUGGGCACCUGGAAUGACAAGGAAUUCCUGGAGACACCCAGCGUGCACUCGGAAGGGGAUGGAAGGUAUUCCUUGGAGACCGACAGCCUCCUGUCCGGCCACCGGCACGGCUCCGACGUCUCUCCCGGGAAAUCCAACCAGCAGGCCACGGAGAGGAGCUUCAGGAGAGCUGGAAAAGGAGUUUUUUCAGCCAUGAAGCUUGGGAAGACACGUCCGUCCAAGGAUGAGCAUCGGAAGCAAGACGAUCCGGCUGUUCUGGAAACAGAAGACCUGGAUAGAAAGGCCAUGAGAUACGGAGCAGGCCUGGAGCCAGACACCAUCUCCCUGGCCUCUGUCACCGCUGUUACCACCAAUGUCUCCAACAAAAGGUCCAAGCCGGACAUCAGGAUGGAGCCGAGUGCUGGGAGGCCCAUGGAUUACCAGGUCAGCGUCACCAUCAUCGAGGCCCGGCAGCUGGUGGGGCUCAACAUGGACCCCGUGGUGUGCGUGGAGGUGGGCGAGGAGAAGAAAUACACGUCCAUGAAGGAAUCCACCAAUUGUCCGUACUACAACGAGUAUUUCGUCUUCGAUUUCCACGUCCCCCCAGAUGUCAUGUUCGACAAGAUCAUCAAGCUCUCCGUGAUCCACUCCAAGAACCUCCUGCGGAGCGGGACGUUGGUGGGGUCCUUCAAGAUGGAUGUUGGGACUGUUUAUACCCAGCCUGAGCACCAGUUCUACCACAAAUGGGCCAUCCUGUCUGACCCCGAGGACCUCACGGCCAGCCUCAAGGGCUACCUCAAGUGUGACAUCGCCGUGGUGGGCAAAGGGGACAACAUCAAGACCCCGCACAAGGCCAACGAGACGGAUGAGGAUGACAUCGAGGGGAACCUCCUGCUCCCGGACGGGGUCCCCCCGGAGCGGCAGUGGGCUCGGUUCUACAUCAAGAUCUACCGUGCCGAGGGGCUGCCGCGGAUGAACACCAGCAUCAUGGCCAACGUCAAGAAGGCCCUCAUCGGGGAGAACAAGGACCUGGUGGACCCCUAUGUGCAGGUGGCCUUCGCGGGGCAGAAGGGAAAGACAUCCAUACAAAAGAGCAGCUAUGAGCCCCUCUGGAAUGAACAAAUCAUCUUCACAGAGAUGUUUCCCCCACUGUGCAAACGGAUCAAGGUCCAGAUCCGGGACUCGGACAAGGUCAAUGACGUGGCCAUCGGGACCCAUUUCAUCGAUCUGAGGAAGAUCUCCAAUGAAGGGGACAAAGGUUUCCUGCCCACCUUCGGCCCCGCCUGGGUGAACAUGUACGGCUCCACCCGGAACUACACCCUCAUGGAUGAGCACCAGGAGCUCAAUGAGGGCCUGGGCGAGGGCGUCUCCUUCCGCGCCCGGCUCCUGCUGGGCCUGGCCGUGGAGAUCCUGGACACCACCAACCCCGAGAUCAACAGCUCCACCGAGGUGCAGGUGGAGCAGGCCACGGCGGUGGCUGACAACUGCAGCGGGAAGAUGGAGGAAUUCUUUCUCUUCGGAGCCUUCCUGGAGGCCACCAUGAUCGACAGGAAGAUCGGGGACAAACCCAUUAACUUUGAGGUCACCAUAGGUAACUAUGGCAACCAGGUGGAUGGCUCCAGCAAACCCCUCCUGCGGAGAAAGAAGGAGGGAGGGGAUGGGGACGAGGAGGAGUCGGAGCUGCUCCAGAAUUCCAGUGAGGAUGAAGGUGGUGAGGAUGGAGAGCUGGUCUCCGUUUCUUCAUCCCAGCCCAUGAAGCCUCUGGUCACGGACAGGAAUUACUUCCACCUGCCCUACCUGGAGAAGAAGCCCUGCAUCUACAUCCGGAGCUGGUGGCAGGACCAGCGGCGCCGGCUCUACAACGCCAACAUCAUGGACAAGAUCGCAGACAAACUGGAGGAGGGGCUCAACGACGUGCAGGAGAUGAUCAAGACAGAGAAACCGCACCCAGAGCGCCGGCUCCGAGGGGUCCUGGAGGAGCUGAGCAGCGGCUGCCUGCGCUUCCUGACCCUGGCUGACAACGACCAGCAUCACUCGUCCCGCACGAGGCUGGACCGGGAGAGGCUCAAAUCCUGCAUGCGGGAGCUGGAGAACAUGGCCCAGCAGGCCACGGCCCUGCGCUCCCAGGUCAAGAGGAACACCAUGAAGGACAAGCUGAAGUUGGUGCAGAACUUCCUGCAGAAACUGCGGUUCCUGGCAGACGAGCCCCAGCACACAAUUCCCGACGUUUUCAUCUGGAUGAUGAGCAACAACAAGCGCAUCGCCUACGCCCGCAUCCCUUCCAAGGACAUCCUGUACUCCAUCGUGGACGAGGAGAUGGGCAAGGACUGCGCCAAAGUGAAGACGGUUUUCCUCAAGCUCCCCGGGAAGAGGGGGUUCGGCCCGGCUGGAUGGACAGUCCAGGCCAAGAUGGAGAUCUACCUGUGGCUGGGCCUCAACAAGCAGCGCAAGGACUACCUGAGCGGCCUCCCCUGUGGGUUCGAGGAGAAGAAAGUGCCCCGAGGCCAAAACCUGCCCUCCUUCCCACCCAUCAGCCUCCUGUACACCAAGAAACAGGUGUUCCAGCUGCGAGCCCACAUGUACCAAGCCAGGAGUCUGUUCGCAGCCGACAGCAGCGGCCUCUCGGAUCCCUUUGCACGGGUCUUCUUCAUCUCCCAGAGCCAGUGCACCGAGGUUCUCAACGAGACCCUUUGCCCAACCUGGGACCAGCUCCUGGUGUUCGACAACGUGGAGCUGUACGGGGAAGCUCACGAGAUGCGGGAUGACCCCCCCAUCAUCGUCAUCGAGAUCUACGACCAGGACACCGUGGGAAAAGCCGAUUUCAUGGGCCGAACAUUCGCCAAGCCGGUGGUGAAGAUGUCGGAUGAGCAGUACUGCCCCCCGCGCUUCCCGCCGCAGCUGGAAUAUUACCAGAUCUACCGCGGCAACGCCACAGCCGGGGACCUGCUGGCCGCCUUCGAGCUACUCCAGAUCGGCCCUGGGGGUAAAUCAGACCUGCCCCCAAUCGACGGCCCCACGGACAUGGACCGAGGUCCCAUCCUGCCAGUGCCUCUGGGAAUUCGGCCGGUGCUGAGCAGAUACAGAGUGGAGAUCUUGUUCUGGGGGCUCAGGGACCUGAAGAGAGUGAACCUGGCCCAGGUGGACCGGCCCCGCGUGGACAUUGAGUGUGCUGGGAAGGGUGUCCAGUCUGCCCUGAUCCAGAACUACAAGAAAAACCCCAACUUCAGCACUUUGGUCAAGUGGUUCGAGGUGGACCUCCCGGAGAACGAGCUGCUGCACCCGCCCCUGAACAUCCGCGUGGUGGACUGCCGGGCCUUCGGGCGCUACACGCUGGUGGGCUCCCACACCGUCAGCUCCCUCCGCAAGUUCAUCUACCGCCCACCCGAUAAGAAAGCUCAGCACUGGAACAUGGCAGCCAAACACCUCAACGGCUGCCUGGCCAUGACCAGCAGGGCCCAUCGCUCUCGCCCCACAGGGGAGAUCGUUGUCAACAUGGAGCCCGAGGUUCCCAUCAAGAAGAUGGACACGAUGGUGAAGCUGGAAGCUAAUUCCGAUGCAGUGGUGAAGGUGGAUGUGACCGAGGAGGAGAAGGAGAAAAAGAAAAAGAAGAAGAAAGGAGGAGGAGGAGGAGGAGGUGGGGAGGAAGCGGAGGAGGAAGAACCGGAUGAGAGCAUGUUGGACUGGUGGUCCAAGUACUUUGCCUCCAUUGAGACGAUGAAGGAGCAACUCCGGCAGCAGGAAGCAGCCGCGGCCGAAGCAGAGGAGAAGGAAGAGACGGAGAUUGGAGAGGGCUCCAAGGCUCAGGUGAAGAACAAGGACAAGGACAAGUCCAAGGCACCCAAAGACGACAAGAAAAAGAAGCAGCAGCCUGUCCCCGAGCUCCCCGAGAAGAAGAACAAGCAGAAGAUAGAUGAACUCAAGGUCUUCAACAAAGAGCUGGAAGCAGAGUUUGACAACUUUGAGGAUUGGCUGCACACCUUCAACCUGCUCCGGGGGAAGAUUGGGGACAACGAUGACAACGCCACGGAGGAGGAGCGGAUCGUGGGGAGGUUCAAAGGCUCCAUGUGCGUCUACAAAGUGCCGCUCCCCGAUGACAUCACCAAGGAGGCAGGAUACGACCCCACCUUCGGGAUGUUCCAGGGGAUUCCCAGCAAUGACCCCAUCAAUGUGCUGGUCCGAGUCUACAUCGUGCGGGCCACGGACCUCCACCCGGCUGACAUCAACGGGAAAGCCGAUCCCUACAUCGCCAUCAAGCUGGGCAAGACGGACAUCAAGGACAAGGAGAACUACAUCUCCAAGCAGCUGAACCCCGUCUUUGGGAAAUCCUUCGACAUCGAGGCCACCUUCCCCAUGGAGUCCAUGCUGACCGUGGCUGUGUACGACUGGGACUUGGUGGGCACUGACGACCUCAUCGGGGAGACCAAGAUCGACCUGGAGAAUCGCUUCUACAGCAAGCACCGGGCCACCUGUGGCGUGUCCCAGACUUACUCCAUCCACGGGUACAACACCUGGCGUGACCCCAUGAAGCCCUCCCAAAUCCUGUCCAAGCUGUGCAAAGAGGGAAAAGUGGACGGGCCGCACUUUGGGCCAGGGGGAAGAGUGAAAGUUGCCAACAGGGUCUUCACCGGCCCCACGGAGAUCGAGGAUGAAAAUGGCCAGAAGAAGCCGACGGACGAGCACCUGGCGCUGGCCGUGCUGCGGCACUGGGAGGACAUCCCGCGGGCCGGCUGCCGCCUUGUCCCCGAGCACGUGGAGACACGGCCACUGCUCAACCCUGACAAGCCGGGCAUCGAGCAGGGCCGCCUGGAGAUGUGGGUGGACAUGUUCCCCAUGGAUAUGCCAGCGCCCGGCCCUGCCAUCGACAUUUCUCCCAGGAAACCAAAGAAGUACGAGCUCAGGGUGAUCGUGUGGAACACCGACGAGGUCAUCCUGGAGGAUGACGACUACUUCACCGGAGAGAAAUCCAGCGACAUUUUCGUCAGGGGGUGGCUGAAGGGGCAGCAGGAGGACAAGCAGGACACGGAUGUCCACUACCACUCCCUCACCGGUGAAGGCAACUUCAACUGGCGCUACAUCUUCCCCUUCGACUACCUGAUGGCCGAGGAGAAGAUUGUCAUCUCCAAGAAGGAGUCCAUGUUCUCCUGGGAUGAGACCGAGUACAAGAUCCCAGCCCGCCUCACCCUGCAGGUCUGGGACGCCGACCACUUCUCGGCCGAUGAUUUCCUGGGAGCCAUCGAGCUGGAUCUGAACCGCUUCCCCCGGGGGGCCAAGACGUCCAAGCAGUGCAGCCUGGAGAUGGUGACCAACGAGGCCGAGCUGCCCAUGAUCUCCAUCUUCAAGCAGAAGCGGGUCAAGGGCUGGUGGCCCUUCGUGGCCAGGGACGAGAACGAUGAGCUGGAGAUCACCGGCAAAGUCGAGGCCGAGCUGCACCUUCUGACGGCAGAGGAGGCCGAGAAAUCCCCCGCUGGGCUGGCUCGAAAUGAGCCUGAUCCCCUGGAGAAACCCAACCGCCCAGACACGUCGUUCAUCUGGUUCCUGAACCCUCUCAAGUCCAUCAAAUACCUCAUCUGCACCCGCUACAAGUGGCUCAUCAUCAAGAUCGUGCUGGCCCUGCUGCUCCUCAUCAUGGUGGCCCUGUUCCUCUACAGCAUGCCGGGAUACAUGGUCAAGAAGCUGCUGGGAGCAUGAGGGGCGAGAGUCUCUCCUGCAUCCCCAGCCCUUUGCACAACCUUCCCAGCUCCAUGUCCCCAUGUCUUCUCCUCCCCGUGACCUCUGGGCAGCCCUGGGGGGCAUCUCCUCCCUGCUGCUGCUGCUGCCGGGUCUCCUCUUUGCAUUCCCUCUCUGUGGGUCCCAUUCAGGCUUUAAUCCCAGGGAAAUGGGGCGGGAGCAGGGCACGGAUCUCCAGACCCUGCAUCCCGCACCGGCGCUGGGAGAGGCGCCCAGCUGGCUCCUGUGGGAGCCUCCGAGGCCUCUGCCCACUGGGGUCAUGGUUGGUGCCUUCCUGGGAAUCAGGGGAAGGAGAGGGGAGCUGGGGCUGCAUCACUUGGAUGAUUGUGGGAGUGCUCCAGAAAGGUUCCUUGGAGGGAUGUUCAGGAUCCAGCAGGGAGCUGGGAUGGAGCAGCUGAGGACGUGCCAGCCCCACCAGAGUGAGGGCACAGAGCAUCCCCAGUGCCUGUCCCCCGCUGCCAGCACCGUCCCUGCUCCGCUCAGAGCUCUGGAGGUCACAUUCCCUGGCACGGGGGUCUGUCCCACCUCAGGAAUGCUGGGCACGGUGCCCCAGCAGGCCCCGCAGAGAGCCCUGGGGUGGGCCAGGGGCAGACCCUGCCCUUUCCUCCCACGGCUCCAGCGGAGACCGGGACAUGUCCCACAGCUCAGAUGUCUUCCCAAGGUCGCCCACCCAGAGGUGGCUGUGGCUGGACAUCCCCAGGGCUCACAGCUCCCCUGGCACUGUGCGAGCUCCUGGUGUCCCUCUGGAUUCUCCGUGUAUUUUGUUUGGCUUGGUGAUUUUUGUGGCCGGAGUCCUUCUGGCCGUGUGUCCUCGGGAAGGGCUCUUUCCUCGGCUCUCCGCGAUCUCCAGCUGCUGCAGAGCCGCCUUUCUCAGCUCCCGGUGUGCAAGACCCCCACUGAAGAACUGAGGACAUCUCAGAGAUGUUUUAAUGAGGAUAUUACUAUUCCGAUCAGUCAAUAAAAACCAGCUUUAACAUC